UCGAUUUCUCGUCUCGAUCCGUGCCGAGGGAUUGCGGUGGUAGGGCGUCAUGGGGAUGCUAGCGCUGAAGCGUCUCAUGAGCACGCAUCGGCGGGAGCGGCGGCGAGGUCGCCACAAAGUAGAUGGCCGUAUCGCUGGAUCGAUCACUUCCAAGUCCAAAGCAACGAAGGAUAACUCUCGUCCUGGUAAAAGAAUGAGAGAUUCAGGGCCAAACCUCCCAGAGGAAAUCUGGUUUCAUAUACAUUCACUAAUGCCAAUGGAAGAUUCUGCUCGCGCUGCUUGUGUAUCUCGCACAUUUCUACGUUCAUGGAGACACCACCCCUAUCUCAUCCUCUCUAAGGAAACGCUGGGCUUGAAACCAAAUGCAUCUGGGAAGGGUGAUGUAUGGGCUUUCACUACCAAAAUGGACCUGAUUCUGAAGAACCACUCAAGCGCUGGUGUGAAGACACUCGAACUUGACGUCUGUGAAUGCCGUGAUCUCAAUCCUUGUUAUCUCAAUGAUUGGCUUCAGAUUGCUAUUACACCAAGAAUUGAAAGUCUCACCCUUGUGCUGCCUUCAAAAUACGAGGAAGAAUACAACUUCCCGUGCUCACUUUUAUUUGGUGUGAAUGGAAACUUGAUUCGGCAUCUUCAUCUCACCUAUUGCGCCUUCCGUCCCACGGUUGGCGCUGGUUGCUUGAGAAGCCUGACAAAGCUGCAUUUGAGUAGCGUGCGUAUUACAGGGGAAGAGUUAGGGUGCCUUCUUUCCAAUUCUGUUGCUUUGAUGCAGUUGGAACUCAAUUAUUGUAGUGAAAUAAUCUGCCUGAAGAUACCAUGCAUGCUGGAGCAACUCAGCUGCCUGACUGUUUCUGGUUGCAGUAUGUUGGAAAUGAUAGAGAGCAAAGCUCCAAACCUCUCUACCUUCAACUUCACUGGUGACAACCUAGUACAACUUUCACUCGAAUCACUGCAAGUGAAGAACCUAGAUAUGGACUGUUUAGAUGAGAUCAACUUUCUCAAUUACUCUAUUACCAAGCUUCCAUAUAUGGUGCCAAAUCUCGAGACUCUAACCUUAUCUUCAUAUAAUGAGAUGGUCAAUACUCCAACGGUAGCUGCCAAAUUCCACCACCUCAAGUACUUGGAAAUCUAUCUUGAUAGAUGCCUUUCUCCAGAAUAUGAUUUUUGGUCUUUGGCUUCAUUUCUUGAUGCUUCUCCUAUCUUGGAGACUUUCAUUCUUAUUAAUUCUAUGGAGUCUGAACCGGUUUUUGAGGAUGCCUCAAACAUGAGGCAGAGGCCUGAACACAAGUAUGAAAGCCUCAAGGAUGUGAUGAUCUUUGGCUUCUGCUCCGCAAAGAGCAUGGUUGAGCUAACAUGCCAUAUUCUUCAGAAUGCAACAUCACUGGAAAGUAUCACCUUGGACACAAUAAAUGAUCAGGAUGACGAAGAUAAUCUUGGGAGGUGUUCUUUAACUCCUGCCCGCAAAACCGGUGAAUGCUGCUAUCUAUCUAAUGGCAUGAUCUUGGAAGCCAAUAAGGGUCUUAUGGCCAUCCAAAAAUACAUCGCGGCAAAAGUUCCCUCUACUGUGGAAUUAGAUGUUCGAGGGCCUUGUAGCCGGUGCCAUACUUUAGAGACUAGGUAGAUAUGAUCAAGUUAAAUGUUAAUAUGGCCAUCCAAUAUUUAACUAUCUAAAGCAAUGCUUAUUAUGUGCCUUGCUUAUAUGCCUUGUUUAUGAAUUUAUUAUUAAUUAGGAGGUUUUUUUUAAGAGAUGAGGGCAUCCAAAUUCAAGUUGCAGAGGACUAUGAGCCUAGGUGGUAGGGAUGCGCAAGCACAACUUGCACCCCAGCUCAGUUCCGUAUCUGGAAUGUAUCUGCUUGCCACUUUGUGUCUGCUUCUGGAACUCUCCAAAAUUUUCAACUUGUACUAGUUUACAUAAAAAAACUUGUACUAAGCUUCACAAAAGCAAUUCAACCAUCCAUCUCUUGACAUUUGAGACAACUCCCAGGUAACGCUAGUGAAAAAAAGAGCUGCUCCAUCGACAUGUAAAUGACCAAAACUUAACGGUGCUCUUUUGACACUCAGAAAAACUAGCAUUUCACAUACAGAAGACUGCUAGAUGAACCACAGCCGCAACUGAAAGUUCUGGAGGCGGCUGAAGCGAUGAGGACCUCCAUCUGCGCGAUCGCCUGGUCGUGCAGUCCUGAGGCGUGGGUGAUCAUGCCAUCAACCUUCACCAGUGCCUCGUGCCGCUUCAUCCCCGAGACGACCCACCUCUUCUCCACUUCCUGAUGUCGCAGCAGGUCUAUCAUGGAUGUCGCGUCGACGAUGCCGAGCAGCACCUCCACAUGGACCUCGAACUCCAUCCCCGACGCAUACGUGUUCAGAAGCUUCUGGAGGUCACCGAGGAUCUCACGGUGGGCCCCUUCCUCUCCCCUCCAUGGCAACGCUCUUCUCUUCGCGCACUUUGAGAGAGAUUUGGUUUUGGUGUGGGCGGGUUUAUGGUUUUGGGGGUCAUACAAGAGAGUGGUGGUGACCAGCAGC